AGGAGUGGCACUUUUUAAAAGUGCAGCCCCGAGGCCAGCCAGCAGCCGCGCGCACCUCAGUCCACAGCCCGGUCCCACCCGUCCCGGCCUCACGCGGCCCCGUUUCACAUCUGUCCAACCCAGGCCACUCUAGCUCGCAUCAUGCCGGUCAAAGGAGGCACCAAGUGCAUCAAAUACCUGCUCUUCGGAUUUAACUUCAUCUUCUGGCUUGCCGGGAUCGCGGUCCUUUCCGUUGGACUAUGGCUCCGAUUCGACUCGCAGACCAAGAGCAUCUUCGAGCAAGAAACUAAUGAUUCCAGCUUCUACACAGGAGUCUAUAUUCUGAUCGGAGCCGGUGCACUCAUGAUGCUGGUGGGCUUCCUGGGCUGCUGCGGAGCCGUGCAGGAGUCCCAGUGCAUGCUGGGAUUGUUCUUCAGCUUCCUCUUGGUGAUAUUUGCCAUUGAAGUAGCUGCAGCCAUCUGGGGAUAUUCCCACAAGGAGGAGGUGAUCAAGGAAGUCCAGAAGUUUUACGAGGACACCUACAACAAGCUGAAGAACAAGGACGAGCCCCAGCGGGAGACGCUGAAGGCCAUCCACACCGCGCUGGACUGCUGUGGUAUGACCGGGGUGGUAGAACAAUUUUUCACCGACACCUGCCCCCAAAAGACUUUAGUUGAGGGCUUGAAAUCGAAGUCCUGCCCUGAAGCCAUCGACGAGAUCUUCCGAAGCAAAUUCCACAUCAUCGGCGCUGUGGGUAUUGGGAUUGCCGUGGUGAUGAUAUUCGGCAUGGUUUUCAGCAUGAUCCUGUGUUGUGCCAUCCGCAGAAACCGAGACAUGGUCUAGAGUCGAGCUUUGUGCCCUGAGCAGGAACGUUCACCCGUGAAGACCGCUGGUUAUUUUCGCGGGGUUCUGUUUUUAUGGGUUUUUUUUUUCCUUUGCCACUAACUCUAGUAUUCAUUCUGCAUUUCUAAACAAAGAAAGUUAUUCUAUGUUUGUGUUUUUAAUGCUUUCUUCAACAUUGAUGUUUGUAGUUAAGGGACUUGGGGAUUUGGGUUUGCUUUGGUUUUAUAUAAAUAUAUAUAUUUUUUGGUCAUUUGUUUUUGCUUAUUAUAUUAAGCAGAAAUCCUGCAAUGAAAGGUACUAU